AUGAGAGCGCUUGCGUUACGUGGCCAUAAGGCACCAAUUACAUUCAUACUACCCAUAUCGGAUGUACAUAUACUCACCUCGGAUCAGACAGGUGUUGUUACAAAGUGGAAUUUGCCAAUCAAACGUCCGGUUCUUACAUGGACGGCACAUACUGAUGCCAUAUUGACAAUAUUGAAAUGGGGCCAAUACAUAAUAACCCAUUCGAGAGACUCCACCAUCAAGAUCUGGCUAGAGGACAAACUACAAUAUGAAUUUCCUGUCAACGCUUUGAAUUUCUCCAACAUUGUCUUAUUUUGCAAUCAUUACUUGAUCACCCCAGCAACAACAAACUCAAAUAACAUUGACAUAUAUCGACUCGAUGAAGAGCCAAUUGGUAUCACGCGAGAAGUGGCCAACUUUUCAUCCUACAACUUGGUACAUGAUGUAAAGUUUGAGGACAUUGAAGGUAGAAAAGACUUUGGCAUUAUCAUGAAGAUGCUCAUCAUUAGCAAUGUGCUUUACAUUGGCUACGAGUCUGGAGAUAUAGUUGGACUAGUCAUUAGUCUACCUCAGCCGACAAUUAUCCAAAGUGCAACGUCUGCACUGAUUAUAAACAAAGACGUGAAACUCAAUCUUCAAUAUCACAAUUCGUCUCAUGUUCCUAAUCCAAUAAUCUCAUUGGCUGCAUUGAACACUACUUUAGUGUCGGGAUCAACCGGUAAGAAAGUGAUUAUCCAUUCAGAUCCAAUAAAAGUUUGCAAGUUGAAUGAAGCAGGCGUCCAAGCAAUUGUUCCAUAUGGUGGUCAACUCAUAAUUGGUUUCUGGAAUGGAGUAAUCCAGCUGCUUGAUGAAACUAUUCAGCGCCCUUUGCCUCAUAUCGACGCUGAUGAAAUGAAAACCAUAGUGAAAUUGACCUACAUGUGCAUGCAUAUCAAAGCAGAUACCCAAGAUGAUCAAAGUUACUCAAAGUUGAUAAAGCAAAAGAAAUACGGAGACUUGCUAUUAGCGGGUUACGAAGAUGGAACAAUUGUGGGAUAUACAAUAUGA